UGCGCAGUGGCAUCCGUUGUAAGUGCUAUGACAACCGGGCGAAGAUGGCUCAGAGUUAGGCUGAGGAGGGGAGGUGUCCCUUCCGCUGCGGCCGUCGGGUUUCUGCUGCAUCCCACUCACCGCCUCCUCCAUCCUUUCCUCCUCUGUGUGAGCAGAAGGACUUGCAGUUGUUCUUGUCUGCUUAGUGUCUUCCAAGGGAUAGAUGCCGUUUCCUCUGCUGCUCUCUGGGGGUGACGGGGGGCGCAGGGGAGCUUUUUGGGGGAAUUGCUCCAACUCUGUGGAGCUAGUGGUGCUGCCUGGUGGAGCUCUCUCUUUGCCCGGGACGUGGAACAAGUUCGAACGCCAGAACGAGAGGGAACAGUAAAGCCAAAGGUUGCUUUUCUCUGCACUCUCCGUUCUUGCUCCCUCUGCUCACUGGGACCUUGUCAGGCGUUGGCAAAGGGAAAUUUGCGGAACUAAGGUUCACAGAAAGGUGGGGCAGAGCUCAUCUGACGUGGCAUCAGAGUGAAAGAAAAUGUCUUUAUUUAAAGCCCGUGAUUGGUGGUCUACUAUUCUAGGAGAAAAAGAAGAAUUUGAUCAAGGAUGUUUGUGUUUGGCUAAUGUUGACAAUAGUGGAAAUGGACAAGAUAAAAUAAUUGUAGGUAGCUUUAUGGGAUACCUAAGGAUCUUUAGCCCCCAUCCUACAAAAACAGGAGAUGGAGCUCAAGCUGAAGAUUUGCUGCUAGAAGUGGAUCUACGAGAUCCAGUACUUCAAGUGGAAGUAGGAAAGUUUGUUUCAGGUACUGAAAUGCUGCAUUUGGCUGUGUUGCAUUCUAGAAAACUUUGUGUCUACUCUGUCUCAGGAACCUUGGGUAAUGUGGAACAUGGGAAUCAAUAUCAGAUGAAAUUGAUAUAUGAACAUAAUCUUCAGAGAACAGCCUGCAAUAUGACCUAUGGAUCAUUUGGUGGUGUAAAAGGUCGAGAUUUAAUUUGUAUCCAGUCUAUAGAUGGAAUGCUGAUGGUAUUUGAGCAGGAGAGCUAUGCUUUUGGAAGAUUUCUCCCUGGCUUUCUUCUGCCUGGCCCUCUUGCCUACAGUUCCCGUACAGAUUCCUUCAUUACCGUCUCUUCCUGCCGACAAGUGGAAAGCUAUAAGUACCAAGUACUUGCUUUUGCAACAGAUGCAGAUAAAAGGCAGGAGACUGAACAGCAAAAACUUGGUUCUGGAAAAAGACUAGUAGUGGAUUGGACUCUAAAUAUUGGAGAGCAAGCCCUUGAUAUAUGUAUUGUCUCUUUCAAUCAGUCAGCAUCUUCUGUUUUUGUUCUUGGUGAGAGAAACUUUUUUUGCCUUAAGGAUAAUGGACAAAUUCGAUUUAUGAAGAAGCUUGAUUGGAGCCCAAGUUGUUUUCUGCCAUAUUGCUCAGUCUCUGAAGGGACAAUAAAUACUUUGAUUGGAAACCAUAAUAACAUGUUGCAUAUUUAUCAAGAUGUGACACUGAAGUGGGCCACCCAACUCCCCCACAUUCCUGUAGCAGUAAGAGUGGGCUGUUUGAAUGAUUUAAAGGGAGUGAUAGUCACUCUUAGUGAUGAUGGUCACUUGCAGUGUUCAUACCUGGGGACAGAUCCUUCUCUGUUCCAAGCUCCAAACGUUGAAUCUCGAGAACUAAACUAUGAUGAACUUGAUGUAGAAAUGAAAGAACUGCAGAAAAUCAUCAAAGAUGUUAACAAAUCACAAGGUGUUUGGCCCAUCACUGAGAGAGAAGAUGACUUGAACGUUUCUGUUGUGGUUUCUCCUAACUUUGAUUCAGUUUCUCAAGCAACCGAUGUUGAGGUGGGAACUGACCUUGUCCCUUCUGUCACAGUGAAGGUCACACUACAGAAUAGAGUGGUAUUGCAAAAAGUCAAAUUAUCAGUCUGCGUGCAACCACCAUUAGAAUUGACUUGUGAUCAGUUCACCUUUGAAUUUAUGACACCAGAUUUGACUAGAACAGUAAGCUUUUCUGUUUAUCUGAAAAGAAGUUAUACACCAUCUGAAUUGGAAGGAAAUGCUGUUGUUUCUUAUUCCAGACCAACAGAUCGAAAUCCUGAUGGUAUUCCUCGAGUUAUGCAAUGUAAAUUUAGACUUCCCCUAAAGUUAAUUUGCCUACCAGGUCAGCCUUCAAAAACUGCAAGCCACAAAAUUACUAUUGAUACCAACAAAUCUCCAGUCAGUCUUCUUAGUCUUUUCCCAGGCUUUGCCAGUCAGUCAGAUGAUGAUCAGGUGAAUGUAAUGGGUUUUCACUUCUUAGGAGGUUCCCGAGUUACUCUUCUUGCUUCCAAAACUUCUCAACGAUAUCGCAUUCAGAGUGAACAAUUUGAAGAUCUUUGGCUCAUAACCAGUGAGCUUAUUCUUCGCCUCCAAGAAUAUUUUGAAAAACAGGGAGUCAAAGAUUUUGCAUGUUCUUUUUCUGGAUCUAUGCCCCUUCAAGAAUAUUUUGAGUUGAUUGAUCAUCAUUUUGAGCUACGGAUAAAUGGUGAAAAAUUAGAAGAACUCUUAUCUGAGAGAGCUGUGCAAUUUCGGGCCAUUCAACGCCGGCUCUUAACAAGAUUCAAAGAUAAAACCCCUGCCCCUCUUCAACACCUGGACACCUUGUUAGAUGGAACCUAUAAGCAGGUAAUUGCUCUAGCAGACGCAGUGGAGGAAAACCAAGGCAGUCUGUUCCAGUCAUUCACCAGGCUGAAGAGUGCCACCCAUUUGGUGAUUCUGCUGAUUGGGCUGUGGCAGAAGCUUAGUGCUGACCAGAUUGCUAUUCUGGAAGCGGCAUUUCUGCCACUACAGGAAGACACCCAAGAAUUGGGCUGGGAAGAAACGGUGGAUGCUGCCAUUUCCCACCUGUUGAAGACUUGCCUAUCAAAGAGUUCAAAGGAGCAGGCUUUGAACCUCAACAGCCAGCUGAACAUUCCCAAAGACACAAGCCAACUGAAGAAACAUAUCACCUUGCUUUGUGAUAGAUUAGCCAAAGGUGGCCGUCUCUGCCUAAGUACCGAUGCAGCGGCCCCACAGACUAUGGUCAUGCCAGGUGGUUGUACUACAAUCCCAGAGUCAGACUUAGAAGAAAGAUCAGUAGAACAAGACUCCACAGAACUGUUUACCAACCACAGACAUCUCACUGCAGAGACCUCCAGGCCUGAAGUUUCACCCCUCCAAGGAGUCUCGGAAUAAUCCAAAUAGAGUUGUUUGGUUGAGAGGAACAUGCCCGUCUCAAGGCUGAACCUGUUUGAACCUCAUGCUAAGCACAGUUAUAGGGCUGGUGCAGGUGCUUCCUAAAGCUUACCUUCCUGGAGAUGACACUGCAUAGAGAGGGGGGUUGGGACUUUAUAUUUUGCUAGGAGGACUUGUAACACCAUGGGCAAGUCAGUUUAAACUUGUCUUGUUUUGCCAGGAAAGGAAGUAGUUGCCUUUGGUCAUCCAUGUGCUAAUAGUCACAGAAUACAGUGAGUUGACAUCGUUUUGGGAUAGAUUUUAUAAUGCAGAGAUUCAGAUCCAAAAUAAUUUGAUAACCCAUUUUUUUCACAGAAUUCUUAUAGAGUACAUGUAUCAAGUUUAAUAAAGCAUCUCAUUGUCAAA